AUGCAGAUUUCCACGAAGCCAUUCAUUAUCACUGGACACUCUCUGGGAGGAUCUGUUGCCUAUCUCUUCACCUUAUGGCUGCUGGACAAAAUCAAUUUAGCAACCACCAAACGCCCACUUUGCAUCACUUUUGGUUCACCCCUUAUUGGUGAUGAUGGCUUGCAAGAAGCCAUAUUACAAUACUCAACAUGGAACUCUUGCUUUUUGCAUGUGGUUUUGGAUCGAGAUCCAGUCCCAAGAGUCUUAAUUUCACCCCCCAAUCCUAGUGCUCCUGAAUUGGCUUCUCCAACCAAGGAAUACAAGCCUUUUGGCACAUUUCUCCUGUGUUCCGAACUGGGUUGCGCUUGUCUUGAAAACCCUGAAUCUGUUUUGAAGUUGUUGAUGGCAACGGGUCCUGGAAAUCAAUAUCCUAAUCAAGUUAAUUUGGAGUUCUUUGAGUAUAAAAAUAUAGUCGAACAACUCCACGGUAAUGUAAUGUGCAAGGAUAGUACUACAAAACUCCACGAUGAAUGGAUUGCACAACCAUUACAGGCAGGCAUUAUUACACAACUAGAAGCAAUCGGACUGGGGCGACCGCAGCAGCAGAGCAAUAUUGACAUGAACACGCUAAUUAGAAACACAGAGAGACAGGAGAGGAAAUGGUUAAUGAGGAGGAGGGAAGUUUAUGAUUCCACCGUGUUAAAUGAGAUGAAAGCAUACAUGACCCAACUGGAAUGGUACAAGAAGUGUUGUGAGGACGAGGGAAUUGGAUACUAUGACAGGUUCAAGAAUGCAUUAGAUAGCAGUGACAUUAAAGCACAAGCGUUCAAGAAACCCCUCACAUGUUACUGGAUGGACAUGGUUGAUGAAGCCGAGAAAAAGCCCCAGAGGAAUGGCGCCUCCUUUACCACCCGCUGGCUCUAUGCAGGAACAAACUACCGAAGGUUGAUUGAACCGCUGGACAUAGCUGAAUACUACCGUGACGGCAAAACAGACUACAUGGCUAAAGGAAGGUCUAAACAUUACACCCAAUUGGAGAAAUGGCUCAGUGAAGAUGUGAAACCUGCAGCAAGCCGUCCAAAUAAUUCCAAGAAACAAAAACUGGCGGAUGGCCUGACUGAGGAUUCUUGCUUUUGGGCAUAUGUUGAGGAGGCUCGCAUUUCAUGCAAUGUGCUGCUGAGCAAUGGAGAGUCGUCGAAUGAUAUGGAUAAACAUAAACGGAGCCUGAUUGUGUUUGAAGCCUAUGUAUUGGGUAUGCUCAAGAAUUAUGCAGUAUCCCCUGAGAUAUUCUUCAAGCAGAGCAGCUUCAUGAAAUGGUGGAAAGACUACUUGGAAAUUAUCCGAAAAGGUAUCAUGGGAACUUCUUAUACUUCUCCAUUCACUCACUUCAUGCAAAAUGGCCAGUUCCGCCACUAUGCUCCUGGCAGCUGCCUGUAG